ACAAGUAUAUAUUUCGGCAAAUACCACGUACUUUUAAAUUAAAUAAAAUGAGCUCCGAACGUCCUUUGUACAUAAUGUUAGCAGUUUUUUCGAAGAAAGUUCUGGAUUAGGAUGCAACGAUGUGUUCUUCUGCAUGUGAUUUGCAAAUGUUACUUAUCUCUAGUGGUUUAGUGUUGACGAGCUAACUUAUUAGCUAGCCUGCAUUAUACAAUUGCAAUUGUGGCUAGCCAAUGCUAACGUUAGAUACGCAAUAUUUGAUUGCUUACGAUCACAUUUGUUAAGGAAUUUUAAAGAAAAGGAUAAACACGUUUGAACAAUCAAGCAUGGACCAAAUAACGAAGGAAUAUGGUAUCAAGUUUCCGAGUCUCGGAGCUGCAGGUGUUAUUGGGCUUUGCCGGACAUAACAAGAGUGGCCGCAAGCAUGAACUACUACUGAGAGCCCUGCAUUUGUUAAAGAGUGGAUGCAGUCCAGUAGUGCAGAUCAAAAUCAAAGAACUGUAUCAACGCCGUUAUCCCAGGACAUUAGAAAGCCUUCCUGACUUUUCCUCGCUUAAGUCUUCCUUUAUUUCCCUUGAAAACGAGUCUUCACUGGUGGACGUGGACCUUUCCCUUAGAGCUGCGCACGCCCACGGUUCAAACCUGGAGUCCCAGCACACUCUGACCUACAGUUCUGUCCUAUUGCACGAGACCAAGCACAGCAUCGACAUGCAGCAGUCUGCGCCUGCCAUCCCUCCUGUUCACCCCGAUGUGCAGUUGAAGUCUCUUCCUUUUUAUGAUGUCCUGGAUGUUCUCAUCAGGCCUUCAAGUCUGGGUGCCAGCAGCAUCCAGCGCUUCCAGGAGAAAUACUUCAUUUUUGCACUGACACCACAACAAGUACGGGAAGUCUGCAUUUCCAGGGACUUUCUCCCAGGUGGUAGAAGAGACUACAUGGUUCAGAUACAAUUGAGAUUUUGCCUUGCGGAGACCAGUUGCCCACAAGAAGACAAUUACCCAAACAGCCUGUGCAUUAAAGUGAAUGGCAAGCUUUUCCCUCUUCCGGGUUAUGCACCGCCUCCUAAGAAUGGAGUAGAACAGAAGAGACCGGGGAGACCUCUGAAUAUUACUUCUUUAGUUAGAUUAUCCUCGGCUGUACCCAAUCAGAUUUCAGUUACAUGGGCACCUGAAGUUGGAAAGACGUACUCUGUGUCCGUGUUCCUGGUCAGACAGCUCACAUCUUCAUUGUUACUGCAGCGGUUAAAAAUGAAGGGCAUCCGGAAUCCUGACCAUUCGAGAGCGCUAAUCAAAGAAAAACUGACUGCGGAUCCGGACAGCGAGAUUGCAACGACUAGUUUGAGAGUAUCUCUCAUGUGCCCACUGGGGAAGAUGCGGCUGACCGUGCCCUGUCGAGCGGUUACGUGUUCGCACUUGCAGUGUUUCGACGCAGCUCUCUACCUUCAGAUGAAUGAGAAGAAGCCCACCUGGAUUUGUCCCGUCUGCGACAAGAAAGCUGCCUACCAGAGUCUGAUCAUUGAUGGGCUUUUCAUGGAGAUUUUGAAUGACAGUUCAGACGUGGAUGAAAUCAAGUUCCAGGAAAAUGGAACUUGGUGUCCAAUGAGGCCAAAGAAGGAAUCGCUAGAAGUGUCAUCCCAGCUUUGCACAAAAUUAGAAAGCCCUGCCAUUGUGCAGCCCUGCAUGGUGGUGCCCCCCAGCGAACCCCGCGGCACGAAAAAAGCAGAUGUCAUCGACCUCACGCUCUCGAGCUCUGAGGAGGAAGAGGAGGAGGAAGUGGAGGAUGCUCCGCUAAAGAAGCGGUGUCUCUACAUGUCGAAGGCAGAGGAGGCGCACACAAAGGGAGUUCUGGCCUAUCAGCCGUCGACAUUGCGAAUGCCCAACAUCCAAGCUUUGGAGACAUCGUACUUGGCUUCUUCACUUGCAGACUAUGCAGUUCCAUUCCAUCACUCUGCUUUGUCCACUAUUUCUGCGGACAUGCCAGGUCUAGAUUUGUUCUCACUGAUUCAAGGAGAUGCUCAGCAUUACCGCACGCCGAUGUUCCUGGACAGCAUGCCCAGCGGCCUGCCCAUCCCCACCUCCAGCUCUGGCCUGCUGUCCUCCUCCAGCCUGUAUGAGAGCAGUGCUCACGGCAGCGGCUCAAGCCACACAGAGACGGGCGUCAUCACCGGAGCGGCCAGCAUCUCCGACAUCAUCUCCCUGGACUGAGCCAAGACUCGGAAUCUCCCGUUCCACCACUCGGUGUCAAAUACUGCCAUUUGUAAUGGACUGUCCCUUUUUUUAAUUUUUAUUUUCCUUUUUUAAUAUUUGAAGUUGGCAAAAUGUGAUUGUUUAACUGUAAUUUAGAAUAUUACGUAUUGCCUCUUUUGGAUCGAUGAACUUUCAAGACUUUUUUUUGUUUGAAGGAAGAGUGAUUGAUGCGUUGAACAUGAAUGAUCGUUUUGGUUUGCCGGCUGAAUCACAGGAAAAGCAAAAGCAAUACAAAGGGUACUCAACUUUGGAGGCAGCUCAACUUUGGAAUAAUUAAUACCAUGUUAAUGGUAAUGUUGUAAAACUUCUGGCUGCUGUUCCAUCUGACUGGAUAGCAAUAAAAUGUUUUCUGUAUAAAACAAUGCAUACGUUGGUUGAAAGUUUUAUCAGUAAAUGAAAAGUCCAUUCUGUUUGAUGUGAUCUGGGGGAAAAAACUACCUCAUUUCUUUGUAGAGCAGGAACCUAACUGAUUGGCUAAAUGUUUGCUUUGGGGUUUUAAUUUUUUUUGUGUGUUUUUGUCAAGACUCAAGCCAAAAAAGAACUACCCAUACCAACUUUACUCCACAGCCUGUCUGCUGCUGGCCUGGACAGAAGCAACCCUGGAACUGAGUUACACUAAUGGGUGCUUUCAUUACUGCAGAGCUGUUUUCAAGCAGCGAUAAAAGGGAAGAUUUGCCGAUAAUUUGUUGUUCAAACUAUCAAACGAUUUCAAUUUAUAUUACCUUGUUUCUCGGUCUACGGUGGUUUUAAAUUUAGUGUGACAUUUCAGAGCCAGGUAACAACAGUGGCAAAGCAACCAAGAUUUGUUGCCGAAGUCCUAUUGGUUUCCAGCAUGUCCUGACUCGGUACUGUGAAAUCAGUGGUAAUGUUGUAUUCGUUUUGUCACCCAGGUGUAAAGUUUUACACAGUUUGAAAACAACUGCUUCUGUAAUAAGAUGGUUUUAUUUACUUAUUUUUGUGUCUUUUUAACCUUUUUUAAAGGACAUCAUUUCUCAUCUGAGCUGCUCCUGAUGGAAUUGAUGCCAUGUUCUGUAACAUGUUUGGCACACAUUCUUGUUUAUGUCGAGUACUUGGACCUUUUAAACAUUUUAAGGGGUAUGUUUUAAGUUUGGUUAUGAAUGUGUGUUACCCAAAUUACUCUUCCUCAAAAUGUAAAAUAUGAAGUUUGUUGUCCUAUGCUUUGAAUACAUAUGGUGAAAAAGCAGAUUGGGGAGUAACCAGCUUGCACUGUACAGAACCCAACACUGUUAUGUAAAACUCAGGAAAUAAUAACCUACCUGCCUAGAUGAAUCACCAGCUGCUUUGCUACAUCCAAUUCAUAAAAUGUAAUUGCUGUUUAUGGUCAUGAAAUUCCAAAUUUGUGUUAAUUAACCUGGAAAUAAACUGCUCUGGAAAAUU